UAUAUCUCAAGCUACUUCGUAACCACAUCUGAACAUCUCUGCGUCUAUGACCGAGCGGAUGGAUCUAACCUAAAAUAUGUACACCUGAUGUAUCAAGGAUAAUUCAUAGCAAUUAUAUAUUUUCGUCGUAACGCUAUUUUUUCUUCGCUCGUAACUUUAAUAAUAAUGCUGCAGUUCAGCGCGAUGCUGUAUACUGCUACCUCCAGACUUGCGCCCCGGUCGCCCACCUGGCGCUUGACCGCGCUCGUAGCCUGCAACUCCAGCACGACGAUCACUGGCGAGCAACUCGCCAUAUCUGCGAACGACAAUGCCAAGUUCUCAGAGGUGCAAGCAGGCUUGCAGGAGAAAAGUGAACAGAAAUCUAAAGAGACGGAUAUGCAGAUGACAGAAGAAACAAACGAUACAAAGUCAAGUAGGAAUGACAGAAUAUUUUCCGAACAAUUAAAAGCUGCUGAGUCUGUAAACGAUUUGCUGGACCUAGCACUGUUACCAAGUUUAUCUAAACAUAAUGCUUUGAAGCUGAUAUCAAGCAUAACUAAUCAGAUAAACAGCAGGAAAUCGCAAGUAAUAGACAUUGAGGCUGACGAAAGAUUUAUUCACCUCAGGAAAAUAGUAGACGACGAGAGAAAAACUCAUAAGUUUGAUUUGUCAAAAUACUCCCAGUUAUCAACACCUGCAAUGAUUGCAGUGAUUGCGUCAUUGAGAGAACAAGAAAAGAGACCUGCUUCGCUAUUAAAGAUGUUGUCAUACAACAUUGCCAAGUACAACUCAACAUUAAAUUUGAAGCAAUGUUCAACUUUGUUAUAUAGCAUGUCCUUGCUCAAUUUUCCAGACAAGGUUUUAUUGGAAAAAAUCGCAAAUGACUUACUGGAGUGUAUACCGGAAAGCGACAGUACCACUGUAAACACAGCUAUAUUAACGUCACUAGGAUUUCUGCGUUACAAGAAUGAGAAUGUACUUGAUGCAUUUUGCGACACGUUCUUUAAGCAAUCCAUGAAAUACAAAUUACUGGAUUAUUCAUCAAUAUUACAAACGUUUGCGGCUCUACAGUAUAAAUCAGAAAAAGCUAACGCAUUUGUCAAGAAAUUUGCAGAGUAUGUAAGCCCAUUUCAAACGAGUUUGGUCGAAUGGUUGGAUAUUGUUUGGUCCUUAGCAGUUUUAGAUGCAGCAAAACCACAACACGUAAAAUACAUCCUAGACCCUACAUUUUUAAAAAAAUUAAUCACCUCUAGCAAACUAAAUAUAGCAAGGAAAUUAAAAAUAUUAAAUAUAAAUGCUGUCGCACAGUUUAUAUUAAAGGAUUAUGAAGGGCCUCUUUUAGAGAAAGAUUCAAACUUUUAUAAUGUACCUAUAGUUAGGUCAAAUGAAAAGCAAAUGUUUAUAGAGGCAUUGUCGAAAGCACUAAAGGAAAUAUUACCAUCUUCAUCUUAUUUUAAAACGAACGUUGAUACAAACAUGGGCUUUUGCCUAGAUGCAGAAUAUCGCUUAGAUGAUCAACAUAGGUUUGUGAAAGUGGAAGAUUGGAAUAAACAGACGAAUGUACGAAGGAUAGCAAUAAUGGUGCAUAAUUACCACGACUAUUGCAUAGGAGAGAAUGAUGAUGAUCUUAUAGGAUCGGCAUAUGUGUACAUACAAUUAUUGAAAGCUAGAGGAUACGACGUCAUAACAAUUUCUUAUAAGAAUUUCAGUUUACAAGACAAUAUAAAAACUCGGGUUUGUUAUUUGGAGCAAUGCAUGAAUAGCAUGCAGGAAAUAAAAUCAGCAAAACAAACACAAUCAACAUAAGUGCAGUAUUGGUUUAGUCCAAUAAAAUCUAAAUAAAUAUAUUUAAGAAGAU